AUGGCUGCUCUGAAAACUGAGAUUGAAAGAUUGAAUGCUGAGAAUGCCAGAUUCAGAAGUGGAGAGCUGGUGACUCUGCAAGAGAAGGUUGUUGAUCCUUCCUUUACUUCUCUGAAAAAGGAAUUAGAUGAUCAUGUACAGGGCAUUCACUCUAGGAUGGACAAAUUUGAUAAGAAUCAGGAGCUCUGUCUGACAAAGCUUGACAACUUGGAGCAAACUCUGGCUCAAGUUGUUCAACACUUAAAGAUUAAUCCGUCGACAUCUCAGUCUGCUCCAGAGGAUCCCUCAACUAAGGGGGAGAAGGAUAAGGAUGAUAAGGAUGACAAAGAUGAUCACACAUCUUCUACUUCAUCUGAAGUAGAUGAGGAAAUAAUUUGCAAGGAACAAGCUACAGCUGAAGCUGAGACAGCAGUGUCUGAUUCUCACAUUCCAAUAUCUGAUCAUGGACCCUCCACUCCAAUUCCUCACUCUCCAUUGAAGUUUCCUGAGGGUGCCAUUAUUCAUGAUACAGCUCCAGAAAACUACAAGUCAGAUGCUGUAAUUGAAGAAUCUGACAAAGUAGCAUUGGAAGCAUUGCAGUCCCUAGCUAAGGAUGAUGGUGGUGAUAGUGGUGGAGAUGGUGGAGGUGAAGGUGGAGAUGGAGGAAGGAUGAUUGUAGCGGAGAGAAAUAAUGGAGGUGGAGGUGGAGAUGGAGGUGGUGGUUAUGGAGGGGGCGGGCGGCAUAGAGAUGGUAGUGGUCAUGAAGGAGGCGACGACGGAGGUGGUGGUAGUGGAGGUGGGGUUGGUGAAGAUGGAGAUUGGUUUUUAGUUUCUAGGAUAGGGAGGUUUCUAUUGGAGUAA